UCGUACAAGGACGACCAGGACCGCGAGUCGCUCAAGCCGCGGCCGUCGGACAGCACGUGGAGCGGGUCGGACGACGAGGUGGCGGCGCACAAGGAGGCGUUUGACGGCAGCGUGACGAACCCGGAGCAGGAGCAGGCGAGCAUGGAGGAGGAGGCCGGCAGGGAUGGCAGCGGUGGUGGUGGCAACCCGCUCGACGCCAGCGGCGCCAACAAGGGCUUCUCGAAGCCG